CAGGGAGGAAUAGGCAGUGGCUCAGAGGGCUGCAGAGGAGCCUGGGGACGACACACGCAGGAAAAGGUGGGUGCGGCCUCACACCACGGAGCACCCAGCUCCAGCCGCCUCGUAGGAAGGUGCAGCUGGAGCAGCCGCAGCAUGGGGGUGCGCGUGGGAGCAGCCCUGGGCGUGCUGUGCUUCUACCUUACAGGAGCCGUCGACGUCCAGGUCCCUGAAGACCCGGUGGUGGCCCUGGUGGGCACCGACGCUGUCCUGCGCUGCUCCUUCUCGCCCGAGCCCGGCUUCAGCCUGGCGCAGCUCAGCCUCAUCUGGCAGCUGACGGACACCAAGCAGCUGGUGCACAGCUUCGCCCAGGGCCGCGACCAGGGCAGCGCCUACGCCAACCGCACGGCGCUCUUCCCGGACCUGCUGGCGCAGGGCAACGCGUCACUGAGGCUGCAGCGCGUGCACGUGGCCGACGAGGGCAGCUUCACCUGCUUCGUGAGCAUCCGGGACUUUGGCAGUGCUGCGGUCAGCCUGCAAGUGGCGGCCCCCUUCUCGAAGCCCAGCAUGACCCUGGAGCCCAGCAAGGACCUGCGCCCCGGGGACGAGGUGACCAUCACGUGCUUCAGCUCCCGGGGCUACCCCGAGGCCGAGGUGCUGUGGCAGGAUGGGCAGGGCGCGCCGCUGUCCGGCAACGUGACCACGUCGCAGACGGCCAACGAGCAGGGCUUGUUCCACGUGCGCAGCGUCCUGAGGGUGGUGCUGGGCGCCAAUGGCACCUACAGCUGCUUGGUGCGCAACCCGGUGCUGCGGCAGGACGCGCUGGGCUCCGUCACCGUCACGGGGCAGCCCCUGGCGUUCCCCCCGGAGGCCCUGUGGGUGACUGUGGGGCUCUCCAUCUGCCUCGUCGUCCUGCUGGUGGCCUUGGCCGUGGUGUGCUGGAGAAAGAUCAGGCAGAGCUGUGAGGAGGAGAACGCAGGAGCUGAGGACCAGGAUGGGGAUGGAGAAGGAUCCAAGACUGCCCUGCGGCCUCUGAAGCACUCUGGAAGCAAAGAAGGUGAAGACGCAGGCUGCUCAGAUGACGGACAGGAAAUAGCCUGACCUCAAGGACCGGGGAGCCGCCGACACCUCCCCGCCCCGGCUCCCACCUCUGGCUGCGUCGGCGUCCCCAUGGAGCCCUGCCACCAAGAGAUGGGUCCCCUUCAAAGGAUGUGACACACAGGCCACCUCGCAGCCUUACGUGACUCCCAAGGCCCCUGCUGCCUUAUUUCUCUGGCGACACGACACAGACCCCAGCUCUGAGGCCACGUGAUCUCUGCCUGCCGUUUUUCUCAAGGACGCACUACUCAGACUCACCCCCUGCCUUAGUUCUCCAAAGACCAGGACACGGUCACCCUGCCUAGGCACCUGCCGGGCUCGGCACACUGGUCCUCACCUCUGCCUCCCCCUGCACAGAAUCCGUCUCCUCAGAUGACCCUGUGGCCUCACUGUGCCUCAGGCUAUCCGCUCCGGCUUCCUCCUGCUCUGCCCGGUGUGGCCCUUCUGUCCCUCACAGAGGGGACAUGGCGUUCCCCUCCUGCAGAUGCGUGUGCUGGCACACCCAAGGAUCCCCGUCCAGUCUGCUUUGCAGGGCCCUGGCCUGUGCCCACGACACCCCCUCCACGGCCUGCCCACCCCAGGGAAGCAGGCGCUGGUCAAGCUGGCUCCCUGGGGGCUCGGGGGCCCCGGGGUCAGCGUCUGCUCCUCUGCUCUGCAGCUGUGGCCGCCUUCAUUCCUUUCCUUUCGUGUGCGGUUCAGUUCCUGUUGGUCGAGCUACCCGGGGUGUCAGCACCACCGCAGGCCUGGGGCCUGGGGGAGACAGGUCCUCCCUGGGGUCUCGCUGUCCCACUGGGGGACUCAGCAGCAGCACUGUGGUCUGCAGUGCACAAGAGGCAGCCUUGCCUGGCACCUGGCCGUACCCCCUCUCGUCCCCUGGACGCCUCGUCCCCAUGCACCCCAGUCCUUACGCAGAGCCUGGGGUGGGGGCGGGGGCCUGGAGAGAGGGCCUGUCCUCACCACUGAGCCUGGCAUGGGUGGGACAGGGCCAGGAGAACUUGGGACGCUGAGGGGACUGUCCCCACCAUGGUGCUAUUCUGGGGCUGGGAUGGCCCUGGCUGGCCUUGGCCACUCCUUGCCCCCGGUGGAAUGGAACUGCUGAUGUCCCAUUGCCCUCCCAGUGCCAUGUGUCCCCAGGAGUGGGAGCUCUGAGCGGUUCUAAUUUAAAUGUGGGACUCUGAGGAAUUUUGUAAACUGGGGGUGUAUGUUGGGGAAGAUAAAUGCCUUUGUAAAAAGCCUC